AUGAUAAAUAAUAGUAAUAAUAAUAAUAAAAAUAGUACUACUUCAACUACAAAUAAUAAUGUUGGAAAAAGAAUAAUAGAAAAGAAAAUAGAUUAUUCAAAGUAUAGAUCUAUUGGAGGAGCAUUCAACAUUAAUGAUUUACCUCAUAUUCUGAUUAGAGAGAUACUAGAGAUGUAUCAGAUGCAUGAGAAUAGUGUAAUCAAACAGGUUAUGGUGGAUGGAGCGGGAGGGAUGAUGUCCAUGUAUGACACGACCACGAUCGGGAUACCUUCUCGUCGAGGUAGAAUGCUCAGCUCACACGUGUCACCAAUGAUCAAUAACGUCGUACUCCGUCUAUCACUUGUAUGCAAGUUGUGGUCUCGUGUAAUCGUACCAAGCCUACCACGCACCAAGUUUUCCAUCUCUACACGUAAUGAACUAGAGUCGUUUAUCAAGUUGUCACAUUAUAGUAUCACCUAUCCGAUGAAAUUCAUUCCUACAUCGUCUCAGUAUCUCAAGGCACUGUCUCACAUGUACCCGGCCGGUAGUAGUAAGGCUGCAGCCAAUCUUGCUCGUUACGGUCAUUAUCCCUAUCAGUUCCAGACGCUCUAUUUGGUCGUCAGCAGAGAGCAGAUUGCAUUUACACCAACAUCUAUCAUCCCCAUGCAAAUAUACGAUCUACUCAUUCCAUCACACGACCAAAGUACUUUGGAAGAAGAAGAAGAGGACAGUAGUGAUGUGGUGUCGAUCCAAGAAAACCAACUAAAGUCAAUAGUGUUUAAAACCAAUGUCGAUCAAGACAAGGAGGAUGUCGAGUAUCUGUUACGUGCCAUUCUAAACAACUCGUCACUCACCAAGAUCAAGAUCACGGGUCCGAUCAAUGCCAACUGUUACUCUACAUUGGCCAAGAUAUUGGCCAAGCCAAACUGCGCAGUGCAGACGUUGUGUCUUGCGAGCACUUUUCGAUACAGAGCCGACACGAGUGGAUUAAAAGACACCCGACUCGAUUUUGUGCAAGCACUCGAACAAUGCAAGUCGCUCACCAAGCUAGACAUGUCCAAGAUUGAGUUUGCAAAUGAUAGCGGUGCUUUGCUAAGCAAGUAUUUGCAAGUGGUGACUGGAAAGAAUGGUCUGGUGCACUUGUCAUUGGAUAAAACCGCAUUGCGUGAUUUACCGGCAUCAGUGAUGUUGGCAAGUGUUCCAAGUACGACAUUGAGAUAUUUAAAGGGAGAGUUUGGCCAAUCGACCAUCACGGCGAUCAUUCCAUACCUACAAGAAAACAAGUCGCUCGAGACACUUGAUCUAUGCGGCUCAUCGGUCAGGGCAGGCGCCAUUGAAGAGAGAUUAUUCAAUGCGAUUGCCGAACACAAGAACCUUCGCACGGUUAUUCUCAGUGGACUAAACAUUGUCAAACAAAAUCCUCCACCACAAGAAUUUCCACCACCACCACAACAAGAUCUACCUCCUCAUGAUAAUUGGGAACAACAUAAUAAUUGGGCACAACAACAAUGGCAAGAAAACAAUCAAGUAAAUGGAGAAAUGUGGGGCAAUCAAGAGAUGGAUGAAGAGAAUACAUCCACCUCGAAUAUAUGGCAGGAUUUGGCAUCAUACAACUUUGAUAGAAUGAAUUUUAUGCCAAAGAAUGACAACUAUACUCACAUUUCAUUGGCCAACUUUAAAUUGACCGUUAAAGAAUCCAAACAAUUGUUUGCUCAUCUCAAAACACAUCAUCAUGGAUUGGUAUCGUUGGAUGUCAGUAAUAAUCAAUUGGAAGGGUGUCAUCAAGAAUUGAUUGCCUGUAUCGUCACCAAUCCAACAUUGCAUAGUCUAAAUUUGGCCAAUAAUCGAUUGGGACAAGUGUUUCCACACUCUGCCAAUCUUUUGACUGCCCUAAAGUUGAACAAGUAUCUGACCAGGGUUGACAUUUCGUCCAAUGGUAUCCGUGAUACAUAUGGUGCAUUGGUAGCCGACUAUAUCCAAUCAAACAAAGUGGUCAAACAUUUGGCAAUUGGUGGAAAUUCAUUUGGAUUGCCUACAGCUCACAAACUUCAAUCAGCACUAUCAAUCAACAAGACACUCCUUUCCUUUUCACUCCAAUCAACCGAAUUGGAUGUCAUUGGAUUAGAGUGUAUUCUUUCUCCAUUGGCUUUCCAUCCAAACUUGACCAUCGCCAAUCUUAGAAAUACUAUCGAUCAAUCAAAUAUUGAUUUCUUUUUAUCAAAUUUAUCAAUUGGUUAUAAUUUUGAAGAAUUGGAUGGUGGUUGGGAAUCAGAGUCCGAUGUCGAUGUUGAAUUUGAAGAGGAUGAAGAAGAUGAAGAAGAUGAAGAAGGAUAG